CAAAAGUGGUUGAAAAGAAAAUAAAGAAAACUGAACGAGAAAUCGUUGCCCUUUCCUUUGAAAAAUGGAUUUUGGCCAAUAUGUUGGUGCAAAUGAUAGUUUGAUGAGAACACCAGCCAAACACCAGAGCAAUAACACCCAAUAUCAGGGCAAUAACACCCAAUAUCAGGGCAAUAUGAACACUGUACAGCAGUCUCACAGCAAUCAGCCAUCAUUAUCACAGGCAGACAGUCAGCGAGAGACAGGAGGAUUUCAAACUACAACUAGUGUGGGAUAUAGACCUUCAAUUACAGCUACGACAAAUAGUACUGUGUUUCAACCUCACGUUAGUGUUACCACUGGUUCGAACACUGGUUUUCAAACACUAUCUAGUGCCACUAGUGCUGGAUUUAUACCCCAAAUCAGUGGAUAUCAACCCCCAGUUAGUGUUGGAUAUAAGCCUACCGUUAGUGGUGGACCUAAAACAUCUAUAAAUAACUAUAUCUCAAGUGAUUAUCAAUCUUCAACCGUCAGUGGUGGAUACAAACCUACAGUUAAUAAUGGAUAUCAACUAGGUACCCAGACUAAUAUAGACUUGCAUUCUAUAAAGAAUGGAUUCCAACCUACAAACAAUGUAGGGUUCAAUACCUCUGAUAGCGUAGGUUCUGAGUUUCGAGCCCGAGAUAGUGUAGCUAUGGGGAAGAAACCCUCGGAUAAUGAAGGAUUCCAACCUUUUAGUAGUCUGGGUGAAAAAUCUGACAAUGUUAUAUAUGAGCCUCUCAGUCCAAUGAAAAUUGAUGUUGAUCCGGAACACGAAAUGACCAGUACGUUUUUUGAAUUUCCGAAAACCCGUCCGUUUAUAAACUCUAGCUAUCGUCAAUCAGUGAAUAAACCUCCAGU